AUGGAUGAUAUAGACCAAUCAGAAAUAUAUGAUCCUUCGAUAAAUUCAUUCAGUCAAGUUGGUUUUGUUAUUGAUCAUCCUCUGUUCUUGCAAAGUGAGAUACAAGGUUGUCUUGAUGUUGGUGAUCCUAACUAUGAAUGUUCAAUCUGUGGGGCGUAUUUUUGGUUAUUGAAACGUGUUGAAAGAGACUCUACAAUUAAUUGUCCUGUUUUUACUGUUUGUUGCUCAAAAGGAAAAAUUCAGUUACCUUAUCUUCGAAAGCCCCCAGAUCUGCUAUAUAAUUUGAUUAAUGGACAUGAUAGGAAGAGUUUGUAUUUUCAAAAAAUAUUCGAUCUUAUAACAAAUUAUCAUCGGAUUGGAAAUUUGCUCCCAGAUCCUGGUCAGAAGCCUAAAUUUGCGCAAUUAUAUAUAUACGACACUCAGCAUGAGAUAAUGCAUAGGCAGGGAAUCUUUCGGCAAACAUCUGAGAUAGAUCGAGAAUUGAUAACUGAGUUGUUGGAAAUGAUCGAUACUCAUAACGUCAUAGCACAGUCAUUUCGAAGAGUCAGAGAAUUUUAUCAGUGUCAUUCAUCCGAGAUCUUCUCUUUGAAGUUGUUUUCACAUAGGAAGGUUGAUCGAAGAACUUACAAUACUCCCUCUUGUGACAAAGUUGUUGCAUUGAUUGUUGGAGAUUUUGAUUCGUCGGAUCAUGGUCGCGACAUUAUUAUUCGAUCUACUGCUGGUCAGUUGCAGCAUAUUUAUGAAACUCAUGCUCUGUAUUGGCCCUUACAGUAUCCGUUGUUGUUUUCAUAUGGCGAGGAUGGUUACCAGUUGAAUAUUCCUUAUCGUGGUAAAGUUGGGGGAUAUGUCCCUAGAAAGAAAACAAGGAGGUUGUAUGAGAUUAGAAUGAAGCAGAGUACAAUUAGAGGAGAAGUGCUUCAAGGAAUAGAAGAGGCUACGCGUCGUGGUGAUGACGAAGCUUCUUCAAUUGGGAGGCGAGUCAUCUUGCCUUCUUCCUUCACUGGUGGUAGGCGUUAUAUGUUUAAUCAUUGUCAGGAUGCGAUGGCAAUCUGUAAACAUUUUGGCUAUCCAGAUUUAUUCAUUACUAUUACGUGUAAUCCAAAUUGGCCUGAAUUUCAGCGAUUCACAGAGCAAGAGCGAAUUUCCAUCGCUGAUCGUCCUGAUAUCUCUUGCCGUGUUUUUUAUGCUAAGUUGAAAUGCCUGCUAAGCAAUCUCAAGGACGGUAUGUAUACUAUUGAGUUCCAAAAAAGAGGUCUACCACAUGCACACAUGUUACUAUGGCUUAACGGGGAAAGCAACUUACAAAGUGUUGAAAUUAUUGAUGAAUUUAUCUGUGCCGAGCUACCCAAUCCUCUCAAAUUUCUAGCCUUUUAUAAUGUCGUCACCAAGUACAUGAUCCAUGGUCCCUGCGGUCGACUUAGACCGAGUUCUCCUUGCAUGAAAGAUGUGAAUAUCAACGACGUUGAUAUUGACAACAGAUUUGUUGUGCCUUAUAAUCCACUGCUGUUAAUGAAAUAUCAAGCUCACAUAAAUCUUGAGUUUUGUAACAAGUCAAACGUCAUCAAGUAUCUUUUUAAGUAUAUCAAUAACGGUCCGAAUCGGGUGACUGCAACUGUUGGAGAAACAUAUCAUGUUGGUGAAUCUUCUCAGGUGGUUGAUGAGUUUCGUUAUUUAUCACUGUUUGAAUCCAUGUGGAGAAUUUUUGCUUAUGAUAUUCAUCAUAGAUGGCCGUCAGUACAGAGGUUGACUUUUCAUUUGUCGAACCAGCAACAUGUUGUAUUCGAUGAUGCUGAUAUCACUACUCAUGUUUAUUUGCGCAACAAAGAUUUGCUGACAAUGUUUACGAGUUGGAUGAUGGCCAACAGGCGGUUCCCGGAUGGGCGGUCUUUAACAUAUGUUGAAUAUCCGGGAAAAUUUGUCUAUUGUUCGAACAGUAGGGAGUGGAAGCCGAGACAGAGGGGAUUCUCAAUUGGAAGAUUGAGUUUUGCUCAUCCGUCAUCUGGUGAACUUUUCUAUAUGCAGAUGCUUUUGAAUGUGCAGAGAGGUUGUACCAGUUUUCGGAGUAUAAGAACCGUGAAUGGUAUAGAUGGUAAGGAGUAUAUUUCUGCUAUUAAGGAAGUCGCCGAUGUAGCGUCCGCUGCACAGCUAAGGUGGCUUUUUGUGAUGUUGUUGCUAUCUGGUUCCAUGGGAAGGCCUCUGUCAGUUUGGGAACAAACUUGGGCUUAUUUGUCUAAUGAUAUUCUUUAUCGCAGAAGGCAUGAGCUGCAAUAUCUUGAUCUAACGAUGAGUCAGGACAAGUUGCAAACAUUUUGUUUGUUGGAGAUUGAAAAACUAUUGCAGAGUAAUGGAAAAUCAUUGAGAAAUUAUGUUGGCAUGCCGGUUCCUAAUAACUCUUUAGUGUCUCAAUUUAGCAACUUGAUGCUGCUGCGUGAGUUGCAGUUUGACAUUGUUUCUUUGACUCGUGAGCAUGAUACAAAUGUCUUAAAGUUAAAUGAAGAACAGAGGGUGGUCUACGAUAAAAUUAUUGAUUGCAUUUCGAAUAAGAGGCACGGAUUCUUUUUUGUGUAUGGGUUUGGUGGCACUGGAAAAACUUUUUUAUACAGGGUUUUGUUGGCUAGAUUGCGAUCUGAGAAAAGGAUUGUUAUAAACGUUGCUUCUAGUGGAAUUGCUUCUCUGUUGUUACCUGGUGGUAAGACGGCGCAUUCUAUGUUGAAUAUUCCUGUUGAGCUGACUGAAGAUACUGUUUGUCGGAUUAAGAAGGAUAGUGCAAAAGCUGAGGUAGUCCGAUUGGCCGAUUUGAUUAUUUGGGAUGAGGCACCGAUGACUAACAAGUUGGCAUUUAAAGUGCUCGAUAGGACGUUACGUGAUAUAAUGGUUUCGGUCUCUGAUAGGAAUAAAUAUUUACCUUUUGGUGGGAAGGUGGUCAUUCUCGGUGGUGAUUUCAGGCAGGUCUUGCCAGUUAUUCCAAAAGGUUCUCGUGCUGAGAUUGUGAUGGCUUCGAUAAAUUCUUCUGUCCUCUGGAAAUAUUGUGAAGUUUUGUGUCUGACGAAAAAUAUGAGGUUAACAAUGGGAUUGGAACAAUCAACUCCUCAGGAGUUAAGGUCAUUUUUAGAUUGGAUACUUCAAGUCAGUGAAGAUCGAUGUGGAACAGUGGUCAAUGAUAAACUUUUUGUUGAUAUUCCUUCUGAUCUAAUAAUUCCUGUCUUGGAGAAUCCAGUGGAAGAUAUUGUAAAUACAAUCUAUCCGAAUUUGGUUCAGAAUUUUUGUGAUCCAAGUUUUUUCCAGGAUAUGGCAAUUUUGGCUCCGACUGUCGACAAUGUUGAAGAGAUAAACAAUUAUAUAGUUGACUUGUUGCCCGCGGAGGAGAAAAAUUAUCUCAGUGCUGAUUCGAUAUGUGGUAGUGAUGUCUAUUAUGAUGUUGGUGUUGAUUGGAUAAAUGUUGAAUUCUUGAAUCAGAUUAGGUGUUCUGGUCUACCUAAUCAUUCGUUGAAGUUGAAAAUAGGCGUGCCUAUUAUUUUGUUGAGGAAUAUUGAUCCAGCUGGGGUUAAGGAUUUUCCCAUAGAGUCUCAAAUAGAAGAUUUGCAACCAAUCAAUCAGGUCUCGGGUUUCUACCUAAUCUACUUCCUCAGCGAUGACGUGAUUGGCAGAAUUUUUCCAGCAAAGUGA